AUGCCAGGCUUUACUUCCUUUCUGCUCGGUCACGGUCGCUUCUCUGCCGCUGUCCAGGACUCUACACCACCUGAAUCCGACAACGAGCUCGAAACUGAAGCCUCCAGGAAGCGUCGUUUGCAACAAGAGCUUAGGCGCGCUCGUCAGGUAUCUCGUAUCUACAGUACCGUCCUAACACGCAAAGACACUGAACAGACUUUGGGGACGCUAAAGCAACUCGAAUCCGAUAUUGAUGCUCAGAUCAAGAGCUUCCACGACAUGGGUGUUGCGUCUCAGAAGAAGCGUAAAGAGAUAAUUAACGAAUUCACCACGCGUGGUCAGUUCGUCCUUCAAAACGGUAUCAAGGUAUUAGAGCGGUUUGGAAAUGCUCAAGGGCCGGUGCAGGUUCUUCUUGAAGCGUUCAUGGAAUUGAAUAAGGUAAUGGUAGAUGGGAGACGGGAGAACGGGAUGGUAGAUGUUCAGGGUGUACGGGAUGUCGUGGCGGUGUAUCAACGGCAAAUCAAGAAGCCGCUGGGUGAUGCAGUCAAGGAACUUGGAAAGGCGCUCCGUAGAAAGGAUGACUGGACCGAUCUGGAGUAG